UUCGUGUGAGACAGUCGCAACUUUUCGUUCGUCCGGUUUGUCUCCAGAUAUUCCCAGUUCGGUAGCUAAUUUCCAAAGCGCUAGUUUUCCGAGUGAUCAAGUGUUUAAGUGGUUAUCCCUAGUGGGACGCGUGCGGUUGGCUAGGCCACUAUUUUUGCCGCAAAAGUUCAGUUAGUUUGAGAAAAUUUCACGUUUUUAUUGUAUCACGUGGCGGAUUGACCGAUUAUCGAGCACAGCAGUGCAGCACCCCCCGCAUACCUCGCCGCUCGCGCGGCCGUGAUCGGGUUCUUCCAGUGAGUACCCAAGCUCAUCGUCGUCGACAGCAGCAGCCCACCGAGAGAAGAGCAGAGAGCGUGACGGGCGCUCAGGAGCAGCUCGCCUCCUCCCAGUGCGGGCGAUCCGAUCGCUGUCGUCGUCGAGCCUGUGGCUAUACAGAGUGCACAAAGAUAAGUACAUAAAGUUACCCUUCGUUGUUCCCCCUCUCCACUGACUCUUUGAUUAGAUUUAAUUUGGUAUAUAGGCAUUUUUUUUCUCACUUUUCCUGUAGCGUUAUUUUUGUCCCUUGUUUUUCGAUUAUUUCUCGUCCCCGUGAUAGUGUUAAUUUUUGAGUGCCCCGUGGUGGUAGUUAGCUACCACAAUGGGCGAUGAUGAAGAUGGCGGGGGUACGUCGUACCGCAUCAACGAAGCUACAUUAUUGGCAUCGGAUUGCUCGAGCCAACAUGGCGAUGUAAAUGCUAAUCCCUUUGUCUCCCUUCACCCUGACGCUUCUGCAAUGGACACCAACAGUAAAUCUGUUUCGACGUCCCCCCGCCUCAAGGCCUACCCUCCCGACUUUGGCGGGCCAUAUGUUGUUUUCUUCCGACCCAAAGGCAAACGUUUGAACACCGUUCAGAUUAGCAAGGACUUGACAAAGCGGUUUUCUUCUGUUAUCGCCAUUGACAUGGUUGGUACAGGAAAGCUUCGGGUUUCGGUUGGUGACCGAAAGCAGGCUAAUGAGAUUGUGGCCUAUGAGCUCUUCACACUUGAAUAUUUCGUUUACAUUCCAAGCCAUCAGGUCGAGAUCUCGGGGAAGGUCGCCGAAGGAUCUUUGACCUGCGAAACGAUCAUGCAAGGCUGUGGUCGCUUCAAGAACCCUUCUCUUCCUCCUGUCCAGAUACUGGACUGCCGGCAACUGCAUUCGGUCUGCCAGGAGGGCGAGAAAAAGGUUUACACACCAUCGGAUGAGUUUUGUGUGACCUUCUCCGGAUCAGCAUUACCAGACCUGCUGGUGAUUGGCAAACUUCGGCUACCUGUGCGGCUGUAUGUACCAAAGGUUAUGAACUGCACCAAUUGCAAGCAGCUGGGCCACACUGCCCAGUACUGCGGCAACAAACCUCGCUGUGCAACAUGCGGGGAGAGACAUGUGGACGGUGCGUGUAAAACGCCGCCCAAGUGUGUUUAUUGUGGCAGUGACCGUCCACAUGAUCUCAAUGUCUGCCCGAAGUACAUACAGCAAAAACAACAUCAAAAACGGUCGUUGCAGCAGCGUUCAAGGCGAAGCUACGCCGAGAUGCUGAAGAAAGCUGCUCCGGUCGUUGAAUCACGCAACAUCUACUUGUCUUUGUCUCUCGAUGAUCAGGGCUCUGACUCUGAGGUUGGAGACGGGGUUCCCUUUGUUUUCAAAGGUGAAACGAGGAAACGGAUGAGGCUCCAGAGACCAACCAAAAAACCUCGGAAUCUGCCUAGCAGUGACCCCCAACCCACCGUGACAAAUUCUAGGAGUGUUAAGAAAGGCACCAAACGUUCACCUCCUGGAUUCAAAAUCCAAGAUGAACGGGACUUUCCUUCGCUCCCAGGAACAUCAAAAAUCCCAGAUGUUCCAAUUUUUUCGACUUCUCAGCCAGAGGGACAGCAUUCAGAGAACCAGGAACAACCCCUUGGUGCUCCGAUGUUUACGCUGUCUGGCAUCGUAGACAUCAUUCUGAACUUCUUCAAUGCUCCCGACUCAGUGAAGAACAUUAUUAAAGGACUUCUUCCUUGUGUGUCUCCUCUUUUGAAGCAGCUGGCUUCUAAAAUGCCUCUUCUUGCGACAAUCGUAUCUUUCGAUGGCUAAUUUAACCACCGAGGUCGAAGAUAUGAUUUCUGUGCUACACUGGAACUGUCGUAGUAUAGUACCGAAAUUAGACGUUUUUAAAUUUUUACUUAGCAAUUUACAAUGCGAUGUUUUUGCGCUCUCCGAAACAUGGCUGACACCUGAUGUGACCCUACCUUUUACCGAUUUCAAUAUCAUCCGCCUUGAUCGAUCCGACUCGUAUGGAGGGGUGCUUUUAGGGAUCAAAAA